CCUUCCUCUUAGAACCCGAGAAAAUGGCGCACCACAUCCUUCUCAUUGGCGGCCACGGCAAAGUUGCCCAACUCCUCACACCACUCCUUUUGGCCAAAUCAUGGAACGUGACUAGUAUGAUACGUACUGCUUCUCAAAAAUCUGCGAUCGAGAAGCUGGGACAAGGACAGCCCGGAAAGUUGGACGUGCUGGUCAGCAGUGUGGCUGAUGUCAAGAACGAAGGGGAUGCGAAGAGCAUCUUGGAGCAGGUCAAGCCUGAUUGGGUUGUCUGGAGCGCUGGAGCUGGUGGCAAGGGCGGCGCGGAGAUGACGUUUGCAGUCGACCGCGACGCAGCUAUUGCAUUCACAAAAGCCAGCAUCCACACACCUUCUGUCAAGAAAUUCUUGACUGUAUCUUACCUCUCUUCCCGUCGUGGACGCGCACCCUGGUGGAACGACGAGGACUGGAAGGCGGCACAAAAGGUCAACACGGAGAUCUUGCCGAACUACUUCAAAGCCAAGGUUGCAGCUGACGAGGUCCUCACUGUUCUUUCUCAGGAUCGAGUAGCCAAGGAGGAGAAAGAUGGUGUUCCCGCUAAUGAGCGCUUCUGUGGAAUCAGCUUAAGGCCUGGUACACUGACAGAGGAACCGGCGGGCAAGGUGAAGAUGGGAAAGAUUGGAGCGGGUGGCAAGACGAGCCGUGCGACGGUUGCGGAGAGCGUGGUCGGUGUCUUGGAAGCUGAAGGGGUAAGGGGCUGGGUCGAUGUUAUCGAUGGGGAUGAAGGGAUCAAGGAAGCAGUAGCAAAGUAUGUCAAGGAGGGCCAGGACGCUGUUGAGGGCGAAGACCUCGGGGAGAUGAAGGAGAGGGUUGAGAAGUUAUGAGGGUGAUCACUUCAAUUCAAAUUGGGCAUGAGCCAGAUAUUCAACAGCAAAGGGGAACUGAGUUUCUUGUUUCUUCUUGUUGCUGUCUGACUACCAGAUGUUGGACGCACGCGGAAAAGUGCCACGCUCAAGAAGUGAAGAAGAACGAUACAGCUACAAAGGCUGCUUUCUCUACACCAUAAUGCAGUAAUAGAAAAGGGGUCUCAGUAAUACAACGAGCGAGGCAGUUGCCGCCCAACGUGAGGAGUGUCAUCGAAAGAGCAAGGGGUAUGUACAAUGUAGCUCCUCGAGACACCAACUCCUAACGCCGCAGAACAUGCAUUACAGUUAUAAACACUAGGAAAGGCGCGUAAAAAUGUGUAAGAAUCUAGGUCGAAGGAAAGAGGACCUUAUGUUCCAGGUCCUGUCGGUUUGGAGUGGUCUCCAGAGUGGCCUGAGAAUGGUCCUACGACAAACUCUGGUG